AUGGCUAAAAUAGCGAGCGUUGAUUUCGAAGUCCUUGACGCUGCUGGCAAGAAUUAUUUGAGUUGGCAUGUGGACCUGAAGUUCCACUUACGUGCCCAGGGCUUAUUAGCCACAAUUUCAACUCCUGCUCCAUCGGCUCAGGUCACUGUUACGGGUAAUGCUGUAAAUAAUGCUGAGGUUGCUACUACAGUGAUCGUCUCUGAUAUAGAUAAGGCGAAAGCCAUUAUCUACAUCAGGAGACAUAUUGAUCGGACCCUGAAGGCCGAAUACCUGACUGUAGAGGACCCAAAGGAAUUGUGGACUGCACUUGAGGACCGAUACAAACAUCAGAAAGAUGUGAUCCUCCCACGUGCACGUUAUGAGUGGGAAAACCUCCGACUUCAGGACUUUAAGUCCGUAGCUGAGUAUAACUCAGCACUUCAUAAUAUCACCUCACGCCUGAAGUUGUGUGGUGAAGAAGUUUCGGAGGAACGCAUGUUGGAGAAGACUUACACAUCCUUCCACGAGAAGGAUGCAAUCCUCAUGCAAUAG